CAUUUCACACCCACUCAAAGUCACGUUGACGCCAAACGCAAACGGGCUGCCGCUCCGAGAAGUGGUGGCGCGGCGCGGACUCGAAGGUGUCGCCCCUAGCGGCGAGCGAGCAAAACGUCGCGUACGGGCCGCGCCGGCGUUGUCGUCUGCGCGCGCCAGCAUCGCUCGCUCGGCGAGUUGCAGGCGCCGUCAAGAUGGCUGCGUCGUCUUCGACGGCGUCGUCUCGGACUUCUGGGAGCCCGUGUGGGCCGCCGCUGACAACUGGGAUGCCGUGAGCCGGGCCCGCCUGCGGUAUUGGGGUGCCGCGAUCUGGGACGCCGGGGGACCACCCCGGUGUUCGCGCCUGAUGCAAGCCAAAAAGCGCUACCUGCUCCUCUUUCUGGCUGCUUGCGCUUCGGCCCUUCUCGUACUGAGCUACCGACACCUCGUUCUCAGCACCCAUGGACGACGCGAGAGGUACGGGACGAGCGGCUCCCUGCGACCGUACGCCGACGGUGGGGGCGACGUCGAGGACCUGUCCGUGUCGCGGCGUCGCCUGCGCGAGGCACUCCGCAGUGGGACGGAGUCUACGGCUACGACGGCGCCUGACGCUCGUCGCUGCCGCAUGCACUCGUGUUUCGACUUCUCCCGGUGUCGCGGCCGCGACUUCAAGGUGUACGUCUAUCCCUCGGAGUCGGACGCUCCUCCGGCGUCUCCGGUCUACCAGCGGAUCCUGAGAGUGAUACGUCAGUCUAGCUACGCGACCGCGGACGCCUCGGAGGCGUGUGUGUUUGUGCCGGCCGUGGAUACGGUGGAUCGCGAUCCGCUCAGUCCCGAUUACGCGCGCACGGCGCGCCUGACCGACUCUCCGCUGUGGAACGGCGGUCAGAACCACCUCAUUUUCAACCUCUUCUCGGGCACAUGGCCCGACUACAGCGAAGAGCUUGGUCUCGACAUCGGGCUCGCGAUGCUCGCCAAGAGCAGCAUCCCGGAGUCGGCGUUUCGGCCGGGUUUUGACAUCGCGCUGCCGCUGUUCCCGAAGGCUCAUCCGGAACGCGGUGGCAAGCCGGCCAUCCAGAGUGCGGGUCCCGUCGACAAGGGUUACCUGCUCGUGUUCAAAGGCAAGCGUUACGUAUACGGCAUCGGUUCGGACACGCGCAAUGCGCUUCACCACCUGAACAACGGCCGCGACGUGCUUUUGCUCACCACCUGUCGACACGGGAAGCAGUGGAUGGAACGUCGCGACGAGCGUUGCGAGGCUGACAACCGUCUCUACGACAGGUACGACUACGGCUCGCUGAUGGAGAACGCCACCUUCUGCCUGGUUCCACGCGGCCGUCGCCUGGGCUCCUUCCGCUUCCUGGAGUCCCUGCAGGCUGGCUGCGUGCCCGUGCUGCUGGCCAACGGCUGGGAGCUGCCCUUCGGCGAGGCCCUGCGCUGGGAGGGCGCCGCGCUGAGAGCCGACGAGAGGCUGCUACUCCAGGUGCCGGACACCCUGAGGUCCAUGCCGCGGCGGCGGGUGCACGCGAUGAGGCAGCGAAGUCAGCUUCUCUGGGAGACGUACUUCUCCUCCGUCGACAAGAUCGUGCUCACCGUGCUCCAGAUCCUGCGCGAACGGGUGCGCAGUUGGGAGUCUCACCACGGCGUCGUUUGGAACAGCCACCCGGGCGCCCUGCUGACGCUGCGGCAGUUCGCGGACACCCUGAGGCCGCUGCCUUUCCAUCGACACCGCAACACCGGCGUCGUUUCGGAAGAGCAGCAGCAUCCUAGUGGAGGACGCUACACGGCCGUCGUCUACUCCGCCAUGCCCAGCACGCAGCCGCUCCAGAGGCUGCUCAAGAGUGUGCUCCACUCCACAUGCCUCGACAAGGUGCUGGUCGUGUGGGGCGGAGAGUCACCGGCCCCUGUGGUGGCCAAACUUCUUCAGGGCGCGGGCUUUUCCCCGGCCACUAGCAGAGUCCCCGUGCACGUGGUGGUCCCACCGCAGAGGUCCAUUAGCGCCCGCUUUGCACCCCACCCCCUCAUCACCACCGACGCUGUUCUUGCGCUGGAUGAGGAUGUCAUGCUCACCGCUGAAGAAAUGGACUUUGGGUUCCGGGUGUGGCAGUCAUUUCCGGAGCGCAUCGUGGGCUACCCAGCUCGCUCACACUACUGGGACGACGCCAAGUCUGCCUGGGGCUACAGCUCUAAGUGGACCAACGAGUACUCCAUGGUGCUCACGGGGGCCGCCUUUUACCACAGGUACUACCACGAGAUGUACACCUCGUGGCUGCCAGAGAGCCUGAGGCAGACGGUGGACGCCGCCCACAACUGCGAGGACAUCCUCAUGAACUUUCUCGUGAGCCAGGUGACCCGGCUGCCACCCAUCAAGGUGACUCAGCGCAAGCAGUACCGCGACACGGGCCAAGGUUAUCCGUCGCCGUGGAAUGAUCCCGACCACUUUGUGCAGCGACAGGCGUGCAUCAACGCUUUCGCCACCUACUGGGGACACAUGCCGCUGGUGCGCUCGUCGCUCCGCCUGGACCCCGUGCUGUUCCGUGACCCUGUGUCAAACCUGCGUAAGCGGUACCGCCGCAUCGAUCGCGUCGUCGGCGCCGGCCGCAGCUGAGAACGAAGCCGUCCCCCCUUUCAACGCCGAGGACCUUUUUUUGGUGUGCCCGACGUCGUGGAUGACCGCCGCGGUUGUGGAAGAAGACUCGAGUCACGUCGUCGUGCAGCGGCGUAAGGAAUGACACUCAACGUCGCAUCAACUAGUUCAGAUUGUUUUGUUGUUAUUCCCUUCAUCAUAGGUGUCAUAAAUGUUCAUCGCCAUUGGUCAUAGGAACAGUGGGGUGCUUCUAGUCCACAUUAGCCUUUUCUGUAAUUCACUAACUGUGUGCUUUGCUGUAUUCCGGUUUGUUAGUGAAAUCACCUAGGAGACUCAAGUUCAAGUUUUUUGCAGCACUGUCGAUCCGUAUUGUCGUACUUUGCAACCGCGCCAAUGGGGAACUGGUCUGCCAGAUGUUCUGGCUGUCAUCGCAGCAUCUGCAGCAGGCAUUUUCCUUGAAAGUUUUUCUCUUUUUUUUUCUGAAGCAGCGCGUUUUGCAAUGCUGAGGCUUUGUACCAUCCGUCGCAAAUGUUUCCGGGCCAAACGCUCACAACCGAAUUCAACUCUGAUUGAUCUUGAAGCCUCAUGGCAACUCUACGUUGGCUGGUGUCAUAGGAGCCACAGAAGCCAAGGACUUUUGGGGGAUCACCAUCAUUUUUGUGAGGUUACACGUGACUUGCCACUAGAUGCAUUGACGUACAUCCACAUACGCGUUGCUGUACGUGGAUGUCGUCGGCUGUAUACUUACAUUGUGCCAUGCCUGUGCUGAGUCAUGCAAAACUUCACGAAAGUAAUCGCAUACCCAAAAGUAUUCACUCUAAAAUAGUUUGAGGCCUUCCCAGUAUCAGCAACUACAGUUUAACAACCACUGCGCAUUAUUUCCGGUCUGCUCACGAGUUGUUUUUGACUGGGAACUUUUGCGACGAAUAGUAUGCCAAGCGUCUGUUCUAUGCCACGUUUUGAUGUUUCCUUUUGUUUGGUCUCGUUUUUCCUUCACCAAGAAAUCGGAGAUGCGCAUUGAAAUUGCAUCGACGAGCCUGUCAAUCUACAGGGCAGUGAGGUCUUUGUUGCAUUUAUUCGCCUACUGAAUGGCAUAUUCUUUUUAAGCUAGCGUGAACAGUUUUGCUUUUCCUUAUAUGAUGGUUGAGACACUGUAUUUUCUCUUUCAUUGCUUCUUUUGUAGAGAUUACUUGAUAAUUUGCAAUCACAUUGAUGCAGACUUUCUUUAAAAUACAUUAUCCAGAUGGCGCUUCUUAGCAGCUUUCGCAUUGCACCUUGAGUGACAUUUGGAAGUACUGCAUUGGCUUUCGUCAAGUCUCUCUCUCUUUUUUUUUUUUUUUUUUGCUUCUCUUGUGAUAUGCACUCACAUGUUUACUUAAUAUAAUUUACCACACAGGGUUAUCCUUUGUCCCACUCUCAUAUUGCAAAUGCAGCUUUACGUUUUUUUUGGUAACAAGCAUUAUUCUGAGCUUAGUUUGAUUUUGCACUUGCAUGUUCAUUUGUACUAUGUACACGUGCCCUCGUAGAUUGGUCGACGAUGCUUUUUACACCCUCGGCACUCACAUGUGUGCCAGAACAACCGACUUCGACUCAGGCAUAGAGCGUGGUUGGUACGUGUGAUCUCUUAAUACUGCUCAUGCUUCAAAUGCUCCUCGAUGGUCAAUCUCUCGCUGCGUUGAACAACGAAGCUACAUAAAAAUUUUUUACUGGCUGGCUCCAAGAAGACCACUGCAAUAAAAACUGUCGCCACCAUGCUUUCAGUUUUUAAAACUGCUUUUCUUCACAGAUUACUUUACAGCAUAUGGUAUUGUUGCUGUCCUGAGCAUCACUUUUUACGCAUCGAUUGAAAAGUAUUUUGGGCCAUUGGCACCCGCUGUCAUAAAAGUUUGAGUCGCCUAUCUCUCCCCCCAUCCCCAUUCUGAUUUUCUGAUCUCGCUUCCGAAGUGAGUGCAUCAGAUUUUACCCUAAAUUUCAUUGGCUUACAAUGAAAAAAGAAGAGGCCCACCUUAACUUAUCUCUUUCAUAGAUAUUAAUUAUUGUUUUAACAUCACUAGAAUUAAAUAUUGCUAGCCUAUGUUCAAUAUGAAUCUGAAAUUGGAGGAGUCAGUUAGAAGGAUGGAAUGUCUUGAUUAAAAAAUGGGUCCAGGUAAAAAAUGGAACCCAGUGGAGCAGAGUUUUUGUUGCAGUGGUCUCUCCAAGUGUUCUUUGUUCAUUCUUUUUCACUUUCAGCAAGUACUACGUUAAUCUAGGUCAUCUGCGUAGCAGUUGAUGUGCAUGUCGCGUGUAGCUCCGCAACGGGAACGAUUUCAUCCGGAGGGCUCUUAUUCUCGAGCACUCGUACGCAUCUUGACACGCUCUAUAUUUAACCGCAUCAGUGCCAGCCCAAAUGCUGUACUUGCAUAGUCCUUGAAUUCCUUUUUUUUUUGUGCCAACAACGAACUCAGAUUUAGCGUUUGCUUCGCUUGCUUGCCAUAUAUUGCAAUUCCUAUUAAGUUUUGUCCUUGAUGAGAGUGUUAUUUGCUACGUAUACGUUUGUUUUUUGCAGCUUGCUCUUUACAGCUUGUGUUUACGGAUGCCUGCAGUCAUAUGGGGUGGUGAUGCGGGCAUCGUUCCUACUUCUUCGCAAAAAUGGUUGGACCCUGCAUUGUUCCAACCUGUUUCACAACCUUUCUCACUCGGCGCGAUUGCGCGUUGCUGUCGACUCGUCUACUUAAUCUUCAUCGUACGGAGGCACGCGCCUUAAAGAAGGCUUACUCUAUUACGAUUUCAUCAGUAACAGUAGCAGCAGCCAAUCAUACUCUAGCGGUCCCUCGAACGCCCUCGUAAACCUCCGUCACGGUUUUUACAGAAUGGCACAGAGCCAUGCGUGGAAGCAAUACAAAGUCUUGUCUUUCGCUCCGUCACUAGAUGCGCUGGCUUUUGUAGGAGUCACAGGUAAAGUGCAACGCGUGACACCUUUCCUCGGCGCGUACCGAUCACUAAGGCAACGUACUAAGACCAGUCCAAUGUGGACUCGGUACUACACUCUGGCACUAAGCUACCUGUAAAUGCAUUUGCCCUCCACUGAAUUCAUAAUGGCCGACACAAAAAAGCCAGCAAAUUGUGGACAUGGAGCCGACCAGCAGAGUGGCAUUCGGGAGCAUUCAGUGCAAACAAAAGUCUUUCGGAUAGUCAUAAUUUCGGCUCCAUAACAUACCAGUGCAUUACACGUAGGUGCAUCCUAGCUUGAAACGGUGCCUUAAAAACAUCCCCAGGCAACCAAUUUCACUUUUCAUCUAAGGUCUGGGUAUGUAGUACUCCUUGUUUUUUUGUCGCCUAUUCCAAGCAAUCAGCAAGUUACGGGAACACAUGGACACUCCAUCAUUGAUGUCAAGCUUUGGGCCUGUCCACCAUUGACUCGGUCAACCAUUGACUCGGAAGUGUUCAGUGAGAAGCCGCACCCCAUGUUGUAAAGGCAGAACCUGUACAGUUAGCUAUUCGAAGCAUGGCCAUUAAAGUGUAUAGGCCAGAGCUCUAGAUUGAGUUUGUUGGAAGAAUAUCGGGAUGAAGCAGCCAUUCGCAUUGGAAUGUUUCUUUUUCAUCUCUGUGUAUCACAGUUGGCAGUGUGUGAUGGUUCUGACGACUUUACUUUGACGUCCUUUAGGCGACAAAUACUUGACAAAUAAUGCAAUAACUGCAGGUAAGCGAGAAAUGGCACUGCAUUAUGUAGGGAGGAAUGUGUCUUUCUGUGGCAUUCACAUGUGCAGACUAUACUUACCUGCCGAGUACUCUUGUUUUAAGCCAGGUAGCCGGCAGUGAACUUAAUCCUUUUCGCGUCUUGCAGAGGCACCGUUGCUUUGAGUCGUUAACAGGCUAGUCGAAGACUUAUUUAUUUAACCAAAGUUGUGCCGAAACACAAGCGAUUAGUUUAAAUUAGUGCAUGUCUUCAUUACGUCUUCACGAAAUACAGCUAUAUGUAACAUCCAUCACUAGAACAACUGAGGAUUAUGUGGGAACUCGUUUUUACACUUUCUGGCGGUCUUUCUUGAGCUAUAUAAAGGUUUAAAAAUGGGGGGGGGGGGGGGGGGGGGGGGGGGGCAGAUUGCUCCCGUCCACACCAGGCCAAUCUCACGACAAUCUGUUGUCUGCCUAUGUCAAUUCAAAGGCUGCUCUUCGAGCCACGUCAUCGAGUUGCAGCGUUUUCUUUGGCCAGGUGGCUUGCCCCGUGAACCGUGAUUUGUUGCUGCUUUUUCUACUACCCUGUGAAGCGUACUCCGUGCUCACAUUUCUAACUCUAUUUGGGUGGCCAGAAGUUUCUCGAAAGGCACCCAGGAAAACAGGCAAGCGCAAUCAGCAUAAGUACCAGUCUAUCCCCUAUACGGUAUGAGUGCAGUGUCGUGAGGUUUUUUCGUCUAUACAUCACUGUAUCUUCCACUUGAGAAGGAAAUGUUUCCAUUUUGGAACCUUUGACGAAAAGGUUGUCAGCUUUCGACUUCGUUUCUAUGAGCCCCGAAACCAGCACUACGUAGUGAUCAAAACGGGCGAGUGUGAAUUGAAGAGUGCUAUGUUCACUUAUGCUCUUACUCGUUCCAGUGCUCUUGAACUGGAUGGUUUCUUUUCUUCCUUCUUGGCUUGGGCGUUGACUGCUUACUCCCCUCUCUUCAUAUACUGUAACUGUUUUUCUUGUGUUUCUACUGCCUACUGGACUUAUACUGUUUAGAGACAAUCUAAGGAAACACCUUGGGCUUUCAGCACCCGUGGUCUCGUGCAAUGCGAGGCGGGUGCCCCCUGCAAAUAUUUACAAGUGCAGAUACCGAGUAGCCAUUUGUAGUUGCAAUUGCGUGCUGUAGUUUCCUCUCGCGAAAAAUAUUCACCGCAGCCCCUACUUUGUUUUUCUUUUUCCCCUUCCACAGUGGCUUUCGUGAGCGUCAGAACUUGCGUGAAACACCUGCGAAACCUAGUACGUUGAAAUGGUUUCUCAAAGUUGCUUUGCACUUUAGCUGUGAGCAAUAACAUUGUUGUAAAGAACAUAAUUUAUGGAUGAUCAACUGUGUGCCUCAUUGAUGGAGGUAUCUGAACAUUGCAUGUUCUUUUGACUCUUUUUCCUUGCACUUUUUAAAAUUUGUAACUGUUGUUGACAGUGUUUUUUCUUGUCUCUCAGUCUUUUUUUUUUUUUUACCAAGCCUUUAAACGUACGCGUUACCAUUUUAAAUUAGUGAUGUAGUCUAUUCCUGUAAGUUAUUUGAAGAGAUGACUUUGCAGUUUUCGAGAGUUGUUUUAGGUAUGUUCAUUGUUAUUUUGUGAUGAACAAAGCUAAAAAAACAUUUAUAUUUCUCUCUCCAUCUUUCUUUCCCCCCCUUCUGGAGAGUGAAGGAUGUGGAUGAAAGUAUUGGGAUUAUGGCUCGAGUAGAUGUGUGACUGCUGUGUUGCCGUCACCGGGAAAGAGUGCUUGAAUAGGAGUUACGUUGUACACUACUGUGAAGUAAUUUAUCUCCUCAGAGUUUGUAGAAUGUGUACGAUGAACACGUAGCAGCACCAUUUGCACAUGAGUGAACAAAUGAAGUGAUGCUGCUCUAAACAUGUAUAUUUCCUUUUUUUUUUUCAAAUAAAAUAUACUGCAGCA